AGCAAGAGCCAGGAUGGAUCUGGCUGAGCCAAAGCAGCUGCCAUGCCUUCACAGUUUCUGCAGAAAGUGUUUGGGGACCACAUCGCCAACAACGUCCCACGUGGUCGAACGCUGACCUUUACAUGCCCUGUGUGUCGAAGAGUCACCAAACCAGCCAAUCCGGAUGGAAGCAGAUUAAAAGAAUGGGCAGAUGCUUUCCCGGACAAUUUCUUCAUUCUGGGGUUGAUGGAGACGCUGAAUACGCGAAAUUCAAAAUCCACUGUUCACAAUAUACAGAAGACUCUGAACACAACAUCUGAGAAGUGUACCAAACACUCUGUCAAUAAGUGUGAUGCUUACUGUACUCUGAAACGUGUGGGUGUGUGCGGUCAGUGUUGUUUUGAGGAACACAAGGAUUGUGGGAAUCAUCACCUGAACACAGAAGAUGCUGCAGACGUCACAGCCUUGAAGUUGAAGGAUUUUAAAGCAAAAAUGGAGACCUUCAAAGACGAUGUGGAAAGAGCAAGAGAAAAAUUUGAACUCUCGAAACCGAGGGAACUCCGCUUACAGAAAGAAGAACUUGCUUUAAAGAUAUCAGAACAUUUUUCAGACUUGAAGAGUAAGCUUGUCAAGUGUCUCAUACAGAAGGAAAAGGACGUAGCUGAACAACUGGCGGAUAUUAUAGAGAAGGAGAAAAAUGGUAUCUCUGACAAGGUGGACGAAUGUUCCUCAUUGAUAAAGUCCUUCCAUGAUACAGUGGACCUUUUUGACAAGCUCAUGAGCACCUCCUCUAUAAAUGCCCUCACAGCAUUGUACAACAUAGAAGAGCAGAUAGCCAGCUACACCACCGCUGUGGAGACCCUUCAGUUGUCCAGUGAGAAGACUCCUGUUGAUUUUGUUCCUCUUGUUAAUGAGGUGGAGGAGAUAAUGGCAGGAGUCAAGAUAGGAGAGGUCAGAUUAGGAGUCGAGAAUGUUGAUAUAAAAAUAGUUGAGGACACAGAGGAGGAGGUGUUCCGGGCUCCCCAGGAGGCAGAAGCAGAGCAAGAGACACCUGAAGAACCAGCGGAGGAAAGGCUUCAAGCAGCAGCUCCAGUAAUGCCUUCAGCCCCACCACCACCACCUGAAGAACGGCCAUAUUGCCUCCAGGGCUUCUCUUCAGCAUCCCUCAGUCCUCGCCCUGGGGAAUCUUAUUCGUCUAGCAGACAUCGUCUUCAACACCAAAAUCAACCACAACGGUCAUCCCAUUACAUCUCCCCUUCCAGAGAACUCUCAAGUUCCACUUCUCCAUCAAGAGAUCUUCAAUCUCGAACAACUGAAGAUUACGAUGUGAGUCUGUGGCGGUCACUGUCUUUCUUCGGAAACAUGACGUAUGUUGAGAGGCGGGGCGGGCUCGUUGGUAUUACUGCCAUGUCGAGGAACCUGUGUGCUGUGGCAGAUAGAUUCAACAACUGCAUUAAAGUGAUCAAUAUCAAAGGGCGGAUCGUCAAUGCUCUCACGUUCGGGAACAUGGAUCCUUGGGAUAUAACCUAUGCACAUUCCAUCAGGCAACUGGUUGUAACCUGUCCGAACCAGUCCUUUCUGGUAUAUGUAGCAGAUGACACUGACAACAACAGAUACUACAUUAGUGAAACUGUACAAACCAGGCCCUAUUCCUCAAUCUCAAGCUUACGAAAUAAUACAUAUGUCGCCGGAGUGUGUCGACCUCAUGGCAACCCAAGAGUUGACGUCAUCAACAGCUUCGGAACCGUCCUCUCAUACGUCGACGUUCAGUGUCAGUACCCGCGGUCAGUACAGGCUUUGAGUGACGGCAAGCUGGUCAUCUGUGACUGGACAAAGAAGGCAGUGGUGAUGGUUGGGACGAAUGGCACCGUGAUCAAGUCCUACCAUGGGGUAGAAGGCGAGGGGCUGAAAGAACCAAAUGCAAUGACAAAAGAUAAGUAUGGGAAUGUGAUCAUUCUGGAUCACAAGACCCGAAAAAUCCACAUCCUGAGUGGACAAACAGGUGAGUGCCGAAAUGUGGUACCACUUGAAGGUUGUCAAGACCCAAGAACCAUCGCAAUGGUUGAAUCAAGUCGGAAUGGACAGGCUCUUAUGAUCGCAGACUCACAGAAUGGAAUCCAUGUGUUUUCUGUUGAAGCCCCACUAAGCCCUACUCAAGUGUGAGCAGCUAUGUCUACUGUUGCAAGAGCUAAAUUGUGAAUAACAGAACAACUCCGCCUGGUGAUGGAGCUUCUUCAAGAGGAUGCAGGUUCCAGUUCUUCGUCACGCUUUCCGAGUUUGAUUCAACAAUGGAUGUUUCUGUUGAAAAAUGGAAAUUCCUGCUUUUGGUGUCAUGUGUAGACCUUCUCUUCAGCACUGAAACAAAUCACUCGUAAGGGUGAAGGGUCACUGUUGCACCAGGUUGAAGUCUUUCAAUGGCAUUUAGAAGUGACACAUAAAGAGGAACUCUAUGGAAGUCAGUAGGGCUGGCUAAAACGAUCGAUUAUCGGAAAUGUCAUCGAUAGGAAAGAUUAUUAAAGAUAAUCGAUAUGAAAAUUGUGUUAUCGGUAAUAUCGUAAGUAAACUGUUGUGAUAGAAAACAGGUAUAAUUUUCUAAACUAAAAACAAAUUUAGGACUUUAUCCAUGGUGUACAUCUAAUUAUGAUAGUGUUUGUGUAAAAGGUUUUAAUUAGUCCCUAGAAGGUCAACCCCAGCCCUGUAAUAUGAGGAACACAAUGUUUCGGAGUAUUGUCUUACUCCCUCAUCAGCUGAGUGAAAAACUAGAAAACAGCCAGCUAUGUAUAUGUGAAACAAACAAAAGAGACAUGAUUAAACAGUUGGACACUUACCAAGGGAAGCCAAUAAUUUGCUCUAAAUGGUGUGGAUUAAUUGAAGCCAGGAGUAUAGCCAGGGAAAAAUAGUACUGAGCACUGAUUGGUGCAUAUGUUCCUUGGUUAAGGCUGAUUGCUGUUUGGAAUCUGUUGAUGUCUAUGGCUUCUUGCAGCUUUGCUGGUUUCUUCUGUAAAUGUGACUGGUGGGGUAGCCUAGUGAUUAAAGCAUUCGCUCAUCACACUGAAGGCCUGGGUUUGAUUCCCCAUAUGGGCAUAAUGUGUGAAACCCAUUUCUGUUGUUCCCCAGCUUGAUAUUGCUUGAUAUUGCUAAAAGCGAGGUAAAACAAUACUCACUCACUCAAACAUCCAACUGACCUGCUGUGAUAUAACUGAAAUGUUCAAAGCGGCGUCACACCUAACCCACAGAACCCAAAAUGGCGAUUGUCCGGGACCUAUUAGUUGAUGAUAUUUAGUGGUAGCGUUUGUCUUUAGUAGCUUGGGGCAGUGGGGAAGCCUCGUCACGCUGAAGAUCCAGGUUUGAUUCCACACAUGGGUACAAUGUGUGAAGCCCAUUUCUAGUAUCCCUGCUGUGAUAUUGCUGGAUGCUGCUACAAGCCACAUAAAACCAUACUCACUCACUCACUCACUCACUUUAAUAGCUUAUGAAGUGGAAAUACUAACCCAAAGUAUUGUGUAAUUUUCAAUAAUGAAUGUUACAAUCUAUUUUGCCAUCAUAUUCACCUUACAAUGAGAUAACUCAUUACAUUCCACUCUGUACAUAAUGACUUGACAGUUGCCAUAGAGACUGUAAAAUGAAUUUCCCGCCAUAGUACCCUCCACCAAGGAAAACUGAAGGUGCGGAAUUGUCUCAGUUCUAAUAGUUGGGUACAUUUGUUUCUCAGUCUGUUGAGGAUGGGACCAGGUCGUCAGAAUAAUAUGUGAUUAAAUUGCUCCUUUUUACUCUCGUUUUUGAACAAACAUACCGUUCAUGGAAAAUGUAGGUGUAGUAUUAGUCAAUCUUUCAUUGAAUCAUACAAAACAUGAUUACAGGAAUCCCAUCUCGACUUCAUAUCCCUAUUCUUCCCAUUAUCUCAAGACAAGUAGGGGUGGUGAGGUAGCCUGGGGGUUAAAGCUACGCCCGUCAUGCCAAAGAUCCGGGUUCCAUUCAAAUUUCUGGUGAUAUUACUGGAAUAUUGCUAAAAGUGGUGUAAAGCUAAACUCAGUCACUCACUGAAGACAAGUAAGAAAUAACCCUUGUAAGUUUUAGUGCCUUCCAAGUGUCCACCCCCCCACCCCCCAACCCCCGUAUAUAUCCCCAUAGACUCUUAUGUGUAAAAACUCAUUAUAUCUCGUAAUAUUGUGGCAUCAAUAUCUUUUGUUACCUCUCGAAUGAUUUGAAUUGAACAUUUUGGCAAAUAUGUUCCGUAUUGUGGACAAAACAGGGUCUCGAUCCACAAAGCAUUCAUUAUGUGUCGACCUGUCGUAACUACUAUAUCAUAGACUUACGAAGUCGUAGCGCUACCGAUCGGGACCCAGACCUGUAAUGUAUGUGUAUCCGCUUGUACUUUGAAUCCGAUGAACCUUUCAUCGAAGGAGAAGCUAGACCUAACUGUGAUAUGUAUGUUUUGCCAUAUUCUUUCACCAGUACCAUUAAACAAGUGCUGAAAAAACUUUGUCUGUAUUUU